CAACUUGGUGAUGUGGGAUAUUGAGCCACGUUGAUUAGCGAAACGACGUGGAAUAUGACGGGGAAAUAACUACUAUUUACAUCUUGUACUUGCAUUAAACGUACUAGAAGUUAUAGCCAAACAUUAGAAGAACACAAGAGCUCGUUGGAACGAGAAACGGAUUUCGUUUAGCACAUAGGAUAUCUCAAGAUGAGGAUAAAAGAAAUAGAUCGAACGGCCAACGUGUCGUGGUCACCAGUUGACCAAUAUCCAAUCUAUAUGGUAACAGGAACAGCAGCCCAACAACUGGAUGCCACAUUCAGCACAACAUCAGCACUGGAAGUGUACAGUCUGAAUCUGGCCGAGGCGACACUCGACAUGCCACUUGUGGCUUCCUUGCAGUCAGAAUGCAGAUUCCACAAAGUAUUAUGGGGAUCUUAUGGUAUGGAUGGCACAACAGCACCGGCAGGGGUGAUAGUAGCUGGUACAGACAAUGGUCUCGUCCAGGCAUUUGACGCAGCAGCUCUCUUAAAGGGGGACCAGGACUGUCAGCUGUUUGAACAGUCAAAACACACUGGUGCUGUCAAGGCUCUAGACUUUAACCCUUUCCAGCAAAACCUGCUGGCGUCAGGAGCCGGUGAGUCUGAGAUCUACAUCUGGGACAUGACGAAACCAGACAACCCAAUGACACCUGGACAGAAAUCACUGCCUCCAGAGGAAGUAGCAUGCGUGGCCUGGAACAGACAGGUUCAACACAUCUUGGGCUCCACGUUCGGGACGCGAUGUGUUGUGUGGGACUUGAGGAAGAACGAGCCUAUCAUCAAAAUAAGUGACAGUAUGUCUCGGAUAAAAUGCAAACAUGUAGCCUGGCACCCUGAUGUAGCCACACAACUGAUGAUCUCAUCUGAGGAUGACCACUCCCCUGUCAUACAGCUGUGGGAUCUCAGAUAUGCCACGUCGCCUCUCAAAGUCCUAGAGAACCAUCAAAGAGGAAUAUUGUCCAUGUCAUGGUGCCCACGAGACCCCGACCUGCUACUGUCGUGUGGGAAGGACAACCGCAUCCUCUGCUGGAACCCUAACUCCAAUGUCCAGGGUGGAGAGGUGGUGUAUGAGUUGCCAACGCGGAAUCAGUGGAGUUUUGAUGUAGAGUGGUGUCCACGCAAUCCCUCCCUCAUCUCCAGCUCCUCCUUCGACGGUCAUGUGACUGUGUACUCCCUCUUAGGGGGCGGGCAUCCCCUCCAGCCCAGCAACAAAGUAGCAGAGUCGUUCAGUGGACUGGAGCCUUUCGCCCAGGCCCCCAUCCACGUGACCCAGGAGGAGGAGAAAAUUGUUCCAUUAAAGAAGCCCCCCAAGUGGCUCCGCAAACCUGUUGGUGCUUCCUUUGCCUUCGGUGGCAAACUAGUCAGCUUUGAUCACCUGAAACCUCAGAACCCUCAACAGCCCGUCCCCAAACAGGUGUUCAUCAGCCAGGUUGUGACGGAGACUGAACUACUGACACGGUCCGGCCAGCUGGAGACAGCACUCAACAACAACCAGUUUCUCGAGUUCUGUGCCAUGAAGGCUGCCAAUGCUGGAGACGGCAUGCAGGAGAAUCUCUGGAACUUCCUCAGGGUAAACUUUGAAAAGGAGCCAAGAGCAAGAUUCCUGCAACUUUUAGGAUAUGAUCAAAAUGAACUUGCCAAAAAGGUUGUGGAACAUACAGGCACAGACGCUGCACUAUCACGGAGUCAGGGGAUAGAUGCCUCAGAACUUGCCCAGAAAAUGUCCAUGUUAGACGCAGGGGAUUCUCUUACAGUACCUGGGCCAAUGGCUAGUGGACAGGCAUCUCCUAGUGUGGGGUCAAAGACCCCUGGAAGUCGAGAUGAGUUGUCUGAUGGCUCUGCGAUGUUUGAUGAGAUCGCCUCACAGCAGCGUGAACCGGGGCUGCAGACACCUCUAGCCAUCCCCAGUAGUAAUGAUGCGGAUGGUCUAAUGACGCAGGCGCUGCUGACUGGCAACUUUGAAGCAGCUGUCGAGAUGUGUCUCAGUGAGAACAAGAUGGCCGAGGCAAUUCUACUCGCCAUUGCAGGGGGACCUGAGCUCCUCAGUCGAACUCAGAAAAAAUACUUUCAGAAAAAUAAGAGUAACCUAGGAAGGCUUGUUUCCUCAAUCGUCACUCACGACUGGGCACAUAUAGUGGAGACCUGUGACCUAGACAACUGGAAGGAGGCCCUAGCAAUCAUCCUCACGUACUCCUCCGCUGAAGAGUUUGCUGCCCUGUGUGAUUCCCUGGCCACGCGGCUGGAGUCGGAGAGGGAGGGAGAGCUGUCUCUGUACGCCAGCCUGUGCUAUGUGUGUUCUGGGAAUGUGGAGAGGCUGGUGGAUAACUGGGUCCGCAACACUGAAAACAACAACGCUCCGCUAGCACUACAGGACCUGGUGGAGAAGAUCAUGGUGCUCAGGAAAGCAGUAGAGAUGUCUCGAGGCAAGGCGCCGGAGAUCCCCAGCGGCCCUCUAGCAGACAGGCUGAGUCAGUACUCCGAGAUGCUGGCGGCCCAGGGCAGUAUUUUCACUGCCAUAGGCUACCUCCGCAAUACUAAUGAGCCUUCCCUCCAAAUCCUCCAGGAGAGGCUUUUCAGAGCAUUUGGACAGAACAUCCCCGGCAUCCAGAUACCAUCGUUCCCCUUCUCCAAGGUGAACAUCCUCCCCGAGGGCAGCCGACAGCCCCAGGUUGCUCAACCGGCCAGCCAGCAGCAGCGUGGUGGACAGCGUCAGUCCUCCUCGUACCAGGCCCAGGCCCGCAGCAACUUCCAGACAACGACCACCCCCAGCAGCAACUACUACCAGAACCAAGGACAGUACGCGUCCGUCAACGGCCCCGUGUCCACACAGACUACAUACACACCUCAGCCGGCAGUCAGCGCUGCGGCAGCUCCAGCAUCUAAAGGUCCGUUGUCCCAUAAGUACCCUGCUUACCCGUCGUCGGCCGGAGCCUAUGGCAUAGACAGCUACCAACAAACCAACUACAUGCAGCCUAACUUCUCACAGGCACAGCAGUUCAACCAGCCAGCAUUCAGUCAGCCGAACCAGUUUGGAGGUGCUGCCUCUCAACCCAACUCCAUGCAACCAACCAGCUUCUACAAUCCCACAUCAACCCCUGGUGCUCCCUUUGCCCCACCCCCCAACCCUGCCCCCCAGUCAACCCCCAAGAUGCCCUCCUACCAGGAUGUCAAGUCUGACACGGCCUGGAAUGACCCCCCUCUGAUCACCUCCAAGAAGCAGCCCACUGCCCAAUAUGACCCUCAGUCUGCUAUCACCUCCCCACUGUACGGCGGCCCCGCUGGUAACGAGCAGCCCCCACCUGGCGCCCCCAUGAACUACAACUUCUACAACCCCCAGGAGUAUCAGCCCCCUCCAGAGCAACAAUAUACUGCCAUGACACCUCCCACCAUGCCCGCUUUCCAGGCCCCCCAGAAGCCCAAGCCUCAGAAGCCUGCCCCGGAGGAGGUGAAGCCAGUCCAGAAGGGCCCCGUCCCGGCCGAGCACAAGGUCCUUCAGGAGAUCUUCAACCUGCUUGUCAGUAACUGCAGCCAGGCCGCCUCCAGUGCACAAAUGAAGAGGAAACUAGAGGAUGUAUCCAGGAAGUUGGAACUGUUGUACGACCGUCUCCGGGACGGAACGUUAUCUGGGAAUGUGGUCCUGGGCCUGCACCAGAUCAUCCAGUCUGUACAGCAGUACGACUACAACGCCAGCCUCGGCGUCUACACCCAGAUGAUCAGCCAGGGCAACUUCUCCGAGAUCAGCAGCUUCAUGCCUGGCAUCAAAGUCCUCAUCCAGUCAGCAGCACAGCUGCAGGUCUAUGUCCAGGGUUAACACACCGUGUGUCCAGUGCAGGGAGGUGCUGCAUUACACAGGUUUAUGUCCAGGGUUAACAGUGUGUGUGCAGAGUCCCCAGUGUGUGUCCAGUGCAGGGAAGUGCUGCAUUACGCAGGUUUAUGUCCAGGGUUAACAGUGUGUGUGCAGAGUCCCCAGUGUGUGUCCAGUGCAGGGAGGUGCUGCAUUACACAGGUUUAUGUCCAGGGUUAACAGAGUGUGUGCAGAGUCCCAAGUGCUUGUCCAGUGCAGGGAGGUGCUUGUCCAGUGCAGGGAGGUGCUUGUCCAGUACAGGGAGGUGCUUGUCCAGUGCAGGGAGGUGCUUGUCCAGUGCAGGGAGGUGCUUGUCCAGUGCAGGGAGGUGCUUGUCCAGUACAGGGAGGUGCUUGUCCAGUGCAGGGAGGUGCCUGUCCAGUGCAGGGAGGUGCCUCUCCAGUGCAGGGAGGUGCUUGUCCAGUGCAGGGAGGUGCUACACCAGGGGGUCAUGUGGAUACCCACUGCACCACCAUCUGAAGUGGUCCUCUAUGUGGCCAUGUGGCCCCCCACUGCACAAGAUCUGGAAUUCUACUCUAUGUAACCAUGUGACCACCAACAGUACCAGAUCUGCAGCGGUACUCUAUAUGGUGAUGCGGACCCUCAUUAAUUUCAAUCACUAUAAAUACUACAGGGUACAAACUGUUUAAUCCCAACAAUUCUAGUUAAUGAGCUGUUAUUUAAAAGCUAUGGUAACCUGAGGUUUUAUAACUUCAACACCUAAUCACCAUUCUUUUAGACAAUAUCAUUCCUUCAUUCAUCUUAGGCCAAGCUGUGUCAUCAGACUAGUUUGGAACACUGAUCUGUACAUUACCUGAAGUAGCCUCCCUCCACUGGUGCUUUGCAUAACACCUCGGACAACUCUGUCUAGUAAUAUUCCACGAGUAUGGUUUAUACAAGGAUGUAUUUUUAAGCUGCAUUUAUUAUUCCUGAUGAUGUCCUCAGUGUUGUAUUAGGCUGGAGGACUGGGUGAGCACAUCUUCUAUCAACUUGUAGCUAAAUGGAAUAAACGUGUUGCUCUGGUGAAGAUGUAUGUGUGAUGUGACGGUGAGAUGCCCUGUACUGAUGGAAUGAGAGGAUUUUGUAAACAUUGUAAACAUUGUAUAUAUGUACAAAACAUAAAGCACAGUCAGCUUGGAAGAUUGUUUUCAGUUUUAGUUAUUGCUUGAGUUUUGUAGUGAGCUUGCAUGCUUCUUACAAGGAGAACCCGUAGUCCCAUCCUGUAUCAGUGCACCUCAUUGAGAGACGCGAAGGGUACAUGCAGACACGCAGGGUACAUACAUGAUACGUCUAUCUCUACCAUCUACUUUUGAAUCCAGGCUUUCUUCCCACAUUAAGCUGACAUGCCAUGAUAUAACUGGAAUACUGUUAAAGGAGGCUUUAAACCCAACUCACUCACUCACCUUUGAAUAAUGAUAUGACACAUAGUGUGAUAAUUCAUUUCCACUGUCAUUAUAUGAAAUUCUCCUUGGUCCAUGCAUCCCGGGCAACAAGAGGUUGUUGCCAUCAACCAGUUUGUUUUGACUGUCAUGAUUGAUUAUUUUGGCUUUUUUUUAACAGUAUUAUUCUCUCGGAUGUGAUUAGCUACGAGGUGUUUAUUGCCAGUGGAACUAUCUGGUGGGAUUAUUUAAACCAAUAGGAAUGGAUACCUGGUAGGCGUAUUAUGUGUGGUUUCAUCGGGUGUAAAGUCAUGAUACAUCAGUACAUCAGUACAUCAUGACUGCUCUAAUACAUGUCAUAUGCUUGUAGAGUCAGAGGUAGAUAUAUCAACGCAGUCAUUUACAACCCUCCCUUGUUUGAAUAUAGGUGUGCAUUUCCCAGUAAUCGUGAGUGUCUGCAAUACCUUUCUACAUUGUGUUCCUUGUAUGCAAGUUGUUGAGCGUGUAAAAUCAGUCAUCAAAAUCUCUAUACAUGGAUAAUACUUAUUAAAACAUCCCUGUAUUGUUUUUGUUUUAGUUUUAGUUUGUUAUUUUAGGCUUGCUAGUAGUUUGUUUAUUAGGCUUCAGCCCAAAGAGAACUGUUUAGAUUUUUGUUUUGUUUGACUGUAAUUUUGACUGAUACUGUUCCGUAUUAGAAAUGGGAGAGUAUUGAGAUUAUGACCAUGAUGACUGAGAUUGUGAGAAAUAUAUUGUGAUUCAUUUAUCCUGUGGCACUGAAGCUCAUGUCAUCAGAGAGAAUACUAUAUUUUUCAACCUGACUUACACUUUCUUCUGACGCACUCAACAGUUAAAUUAGUAUAUCUUUGUAUUUUUCUGCACUGGUACCUGGUGCAUUGAGACAUUCACUCAUACAAUCACCGAUAAUUAUGCAUACUUCAGAUUCUUGUAUAUUGAGAUGAUAUUACCCUUCUUCAAUAUAUAUUGAUAAUGAAUUGUAAAUUCACAUUCAGAAUCAUGUCAUGUGAAAUAUGGUGCAGAAUCUUUAUUUAUCAUCAUGAUGAUGUUUAUUGUAUGUAAUCAUUGACGUACCUUGUGUUUCUUGUAAUGUGUCAAAUCGUUAAGUGGAUCAUCUAUCUGGUGAUAGUUCUUGAGGUCUUGAAUAUUUGAUUCAAGAUGUGUCAAUUGUUUUCCAUGUUCAACUCUCUUAAACUUUCAAAAUCAAAACUUUCUGUGCAAUUACCAAAAAAGAUUACAUGACUUGAUCUCUUUUGCCAACAUCUCAAGUAUUUCUUGAUUCUUUAAAUCAACAUCCAAGAGGUAGUUAGGGAUCCUGUUCUUAACGGUCUUCAUGGAACAUUGUCAUGAACAUGUGUCUACAUGAAGCAUUGAGUGCCUUCACGGAGCAUUUUGUCUUCAUGAAGCAUUGUGUGUCUAGAUGAAGCAUUGUGUGACUUCACGGAGCAUUGUGUCAUCAUGGAGCAUUGUGUGUCUUCAUGAAACAUUGUGUGUUACAUGAAGCAUUGUGUCCUCAUGAAGCAUUGUGUCCUCAUGAAGCAUGGUCUUCAUGAAGCAUUGUGUCCUCAUGAAGCAUUGUGUUUACAUGAAGCAUGGUCUUCAUGAAGAAUUGUGUCCUCAUGAAGCAUUGUGUUUACAUGAAGCAUGGUCUUCAUGAAGAAUUGUGUCCUCAUGAAGCAUGGUCUUCGUGAAGCAUUGUGUCCUCAUGGAGCAUUGUGUCCUCAUGAAGCAUUGUGUCCUCAUGGAGCAUUGUGUCCUCAUGAAGCAUUGUGUCCUCAUGAAGCAUUGUGUCCUCAUGAAGCAUGCAUCUUCACGAAGCGUUUCAUGUCUCCACAUUGCACCUGGGUUGUAAUCCUCCAUAUAGAUCCUCAUAUAAAUGAAUAUGGUGUUAUUUAUUUCACUUAGUUUGAGUGAGAUUUGUUGCUUCAAAUUCAUGUUAGGAGUAAACCAACACUGUUUGUUAGAUGUUGUCUCUUCCUGUACAUCAACUUGAAGGAAAUUGAACACUGUUGGAAAGAUUUUGAUUCCUUAGGAUCUGUUUUGCAUAUUAACUGCUGCUGACAUGAUACAUGAGUCGCAAGUCAUACUUGAAUUGUUUACUUUUUUAUAGCAAAAAGUGUCCCAAACUGCACUUCUAACUAAAGAAAAUACAUAAGAUCGUUACAUGUUAACAGUUGUCAAUAACAUGGUCUGUUUUGUAUACAUUCAGGAUAUAUAUCAUGUGAUGACUCUAAUAUUAAAUCAUGUUUGGUAUCUAUGACGUACAUGUUAAAUCCCUCAUGUGAUACUUCUUCCCUGCAUUGUUACACCCCUUGACUAUAACACUGAUGCUCAUUUACUCUUAGGGGCGGUGGGCUAGCCGAGCAGUUAAAGCGUUCACUCGUCAUGUGGAAGACCUGGGUUUGAUUCCCCACAUGGUUACAAUGUGUGAAGCCCAUUUCUGGUGCCCCCAGUCGUGAUAUUACUGGAAUAUUGCUAAAAGCGGCGUAAAACCAUGCUCAUUCACUCUAAGGCUAUAUGGUAUGAUGUCUUCACAUACUCCAGCAUUAUCAUGUUGAACAGUGUUUAUCAAGUUGUUCAAACAAUCCAGAUGUAGAUAAUUCUAUCAGUUACAGAGUAACCUCAUCACAGAUUUAACCUACUGCACUAAUGUCUUGACUGGAGAUGGAACAUAGUCCCCCUUUUUCAGAUGUAAAGAGAUAUUUUGAGUCUAUUUGAUAAAUAUAUGCAAUUGUGUACCUGUAGCCAGCUACAUGCAAGGUGUUAUUUAUGUAUAGCUGUUUUACUUCAUUGUUUUCAUCAUCUCUUCAUCCAUCGUUUGCUGCAUGAUCUUGUUAUUUAAUUAUGUAUAGCUUAUAUCUGAAUGUAAAGUGUUAUGAUAUAUGGCAUGUAAGCCAGUUCUAGUGUACAAAACUGUCCGAGAAAUUAAAUAAAUCACUGCUUGCAAUUUCAUCAGC